CGACUGAAUAAAAACACUGAGAAGCUAAUCCCCCGAGAACACACACACCUCAAAGCUACCAUGGCCAACCCCACUUUCCAAGCUAAGGACUUCCUUGGAAACCCUAACCCUAACCCUAAACCUAACCCUAAUUAUCAUCAUCUCCUAUUGGAUACUUCGGUACCAUCAACGAGUUUCGAUUUUUCCGAUUAUCUGGUGACUGAAGCUGGUACAGAGGAAGAUUCGACGGCAACCAACAUCGGCGGUGGCGGCGGGGGGUUUUACUCACAGUACCCAAUUCUCCCUGAAAAUAUUAGCUCACAUUCAAUCCAAAACAGUGGAAAUGAAACCACAAGGAGUGAACUGCAAGUGAUAUCUACCCAAAAAUGUAAGAGUGAAACGAAGAGAAUUAAAGGGGAUUUGGGUUCUAGGGUGGCAUUUAGAACGAAAUCUGAACUUGAAAUCAUGGAUGAUGGAUACAAAUGGAGGAAGUAUGGGAAGAAAUCAGUUAAGAACAGCCCAAACCCAAGGAAUUACUAUAGGUGCACAAAUGGAGGAUGCCAAGUGAAGAAGAGAGUGGAGAGGGACAGUAAUGAUUCCAGCUACGUGAUAACUACAUAUGAGGGUAUCCAUAAUCAUGAAAGCCCUUGUGUGGUUUAUUUGGACCAGAUUCCACUCAUGGUUCCUAGUGGCUGGAUCUUGCAGGCUUCACAUUCAUUCUCUUGAAGAAAUUUACACUUAUCAGCCACUUUUGGUUCCAAGUAAAGAAAAUAAAAACUCUUUCACUUAAAUUCUUACUAAAGAUGGUUAUUAUAAUUUUCAAAUGACAUCUCUGUUUUCUUCUUAAAAUCAAGGAAUUUAGUUGCAGAAUAUAGUAAAAUUUAAUAAUUAAUUUGGCAUGUCACGGAGUUAGUUGCGCAAUAAAGAUUACAAAAUUUUCAAUUUAAUUUUGAUUUUAUUUCAUUUUUCCACCUUUUUUUUUCCCUUGCAACCAGAUGGAGCCAUGAUGUAUUGAUGGGUUUUAGCCACCACCAGACAUGUAAUAUAUAUGGAUGGAAGGAUUAUGUAAAUUAA